AUGUUUGAUGCCGUUCGAAGAGCGACAAGCCUCGUUCGCAGUACACCAACCCCACCUCUGGCCAAAAGCCUGAAUGAUGGUGAAGAUGGCGAUGAUGGUGGUGAUGGGCUUGCAUCCUUCGUCGAUGGUCCUCCAUUUGCAUCGCUCCCCACAAUGAGGACAUCUCCCUCCAUCGCGCGUUCAGUAAGCUCCGCGCAUUCGUCCGUAACUAGCAGCAUGGAGAUUGAAAUGGGUUCCACCCGUUCCGGCUGCUCUACCGCGGGGUUUGACGGGACUACCGAUGGGCCUCUCCAUGACGAAGUUGUUGUCAGUGCGGCCCUUUUGUUUGGUGAUUGUACCUAUGCGAGACCCUUGUCUCACGAGGACUUUACAAGCGCCGGAAAAGGUCUGUUUAUGCGAGAUCUCUUCUGGGAGAUCAUUCGAGAUUUAGAGGGCACGUUCCUUGCUGCUCUCCCUAAACCCAACCCUCGGAGUCUUUACCCGGAUGAUUUUGUGAAUCUCUUCGGGCAUUAUGAUGGCAAUCGUCUACUCAGCGGCAUUGUCGAGACAGACACGGAGAUUAUUCCAGGUGACUCGCCAGCACUUUGGGAUGGUCCUUCGGGAAUGUUCGGUCCCAACACCAACCUGCUCAAGGUCUGUCGAACUUCAGACCACGUGACGAUUGGCGUUGUCAACAAAGACGGCGUUGCACCUCUGUUCACCAACAAGACCAGCAUCGACGAAAAGGCAAUCCGAAAAAUAAUGGACGACAAUGCAGAGGAUGAGGAUCAAGAUGAAGACGGUAUCAUCCUCGCUCGUAGGUUCGGUCCGGACAACUACAGCAAGCUCCUCCCUCUUGACGACCUGGUCGAUUCCGGGGACGGCAUUUUCACCAUGCACGUUUUCUGGGAAAUCAUCCGCAUCAGAGAGAGUGGCACCUUCCUCGCCGCUAUUCCCAAGGCUAAUCCUACCAUUCAAUAUCCUCGUGAAUUUGGAAAGAUUUUUGGCGAUACCAACGGACACCGGCUAUUCCGAGGAAUCAUCGACACAUACAGCGAGACAAUCCCGGCCGACUGCAACGAGCUGUGGGAUGGAACUCUGGGUGUCUUCGGUCCAGAGGCAUUCCUGCUCGGAAUUCACAGAGUAGCAGACAACAUGUUAAUUGGCGUUAUCAACAAGGAUGCUAUCACAGAAUUGGAGGGCCCUCGUGGCGAGAAACGGAAGCAACCAAACGAUUCUGAGGCAAGCUCUGAAGACGAGGAAGCUGUCGGCGAAAAUGAGAGCGAACACGACAGCAAGCGUGACCGAAGCAGAAGCAAGCUAGUGAGCGAGCGACCCAAUGAUGGCGGCCAAGAGGGCAACGACGAUGAAAACGACAUUGCCAGUGAAGUUCCGACGGAGCUUCAGAGUGACUCCAGCAGCGAGGUCGUAGACAUCGUCCCAAUUUCCGCCACGACAAAAAAGGUCAUCAGAGAACUUUCCCGACGAGGCACCGAGGAAUCCGAGAGAAUCUACUUCCAAAAGCAGGCUGAGGGGGCCGCACAACGCCGCCGAAAUGAGGAGGAACGCCAAAAGAAGAAUAAACGCCAAAAGCAGGAGGAACUGGAAGAAGAGAGACUCAUGCACCAAAAUUCUCUUGAUCAUGCUGUAGCCCGCCACCGAGAGAAGGACGUGGACGAGUCCGGCAGCGAAGUCUUCUACAAUCCUGGAGGAGACACCUCCGCAAAAAGCGAUCAUGAGGACAAGAGCGAUCAUGAGGAAAGCGAAGAGCAAGACAGCGAGCCUGAAGAAGACGCUGAAGAGAGAGAGAGUGAGAGCGAGGAAGAGGAGGACGAUAGUGCCGAGUCGGACAGCGAGAUCAACCUCAAACCCGACAGCAACUACGGACUGCGACCCAUGACCAUCCGCAAGAUGCUGAAGCGCUACAAUGCCCACGACGUCGAGCGCUGCAUCCACGACAUGGAGUAUCCCUCGUAUGGUAACGAAUUUACCACGGUUUACCCCAAACUAACCCGUCACAGGCGCGUUUACGAGCUGAUCACCAGAUUGAAGACCCGCAUGGCUGUCCCUAGACAAGAAGAGGAAUGCAAGUCACUGCUGCGAUGGAUCAAGAAGAACCUGCCACUGGGACACCCUAUCGACAACAUCGGCGUCGCGUUCGCUGGAAUCUCCACCCGUAUCACCGCAAUUCAACACGAUGUGAUCGAGAUGCAAGAGGCCGUCUCCAACUUCUUCGGAGAUACAGGGUCCCAGUGGAUCGUCGAAAACAUCGAGUCCCUCGUCGACUGCUACAGCCGCAAUGAACUGGGCAUUUAUCCCAAUAAAGUCACUGUCUGGUAUGCAGGUAGGAUGGUGGUUCGCGAGCACGAGCCGGCGGCGAGGAACCUUGAUGUCAAUGAGCUGGUGACGGAGCGUCUUGCGGAGUGGAGGGAGAUGUACGGACCUGGAUUAAUGUGGAUUGAGAAUCCCUGGGAUGUAAGUACAUCCAUUGAGACGAAUGUUUGUGCUCAUUGA